CAGAGAUUCUCUUGAUGGCUUUGGAAAAUAAAACUCCACGUGUGAGAGGACCUCUGGAUGGGGUCCUGUGGUUAGAACCUGAGGGAGGCUUCUAGGUUCUGAGAGUCAUCCCAGAGGAUAGUAGCAAAGAAAAUGGGGAUUUCACUUUAUAAAUAUAAGGAAUUGACUUCUGACAAUACUAGCGAACUUGAAAGGGGACUCCAAGCUUCACAAUGAGACAAAAACUUUGGCCAAUAUUUGUUUUCAGCCUGGUGGGAUGCUGAGCAGAGAGCCCAGAAAACCUGUGUGCAGACUCCUGACCCGCAGAAACUGUGAGCCUCAAAUAUGUGGAUGUUUUCUUGGUUUUGUGCCAUUUUAAUUAUUUUGGCUAUUGCUGGUAUGGAUGCAAUAGCAAAGACCACACCUUUUACCAAAUUCACGAAGAAAUCUGAGAGAAAAGAGAUGCUGAAGGGUCCAAAGCCAUCUAGUGGCCUACCUCCAGAAGAAGACAAAAGCCCUGUCACAGAAGUGGCCAAAAUGGCAAAACCAACCCCUAGUCCUUCAGCCCUCGAUUCUGCCUUUGGUGAUGCCACCCUCUUUCCCUUUGAAAACUUCACUCUGGACACGGCUGAUUUCCUCUUGAACUGCUGUGAUUGUUGUUCAUCUGGACCAGGGCAAAAAGGAGAACUCGGACAGACUGGAAAGCCAGGUUUUAAGGGAGAGGCUGAUGUUAUAGGGAUCCCAGGGCCACCAGGAGUUGUUGGACCCCAAGGUCCAAAAGGCCAGAAAGGAGAGAAGGGACUUAAGGGAGAACGUGGGGACCAAGGAACAAACGGAGUUCCAGGGUACCCAGGAAAACCUGGAGAACCAGGUGGACUUGGUCCUAAGGGGGAUAGAGGCAACAUCGGACUGGCAGGAGUGAAAGGACAGAAAGGCUCAAAGGGGGACACAUGUGCCAACGGUACCAAAGGAGAUAAAGGAGAUGGAGGGGCUAUGGGUGCACCAGGCUUGAACGGAGAGCCUGGGGCCAAGGGAGAGAAGGGUGAGGUGGGAGAUAAGGGCUACUGUGGAGAUUCUGGGGAGAGGGGGGGGAAAGGAGAAAAAGGUGAAGUGGGCAUGAAAGGAGAAAAAGGUAGUAAAGGAGAUACUGGAACAGAAGGCAAAAGAGGCCUAGAGGGCCCGCCUGGGGCCAAAGGUGAUCUGGGAAUUAAGGGAGAAAAGGGAGAGUUGGGUCCUCCUGGCCUUGUGGGACCUGCAGGGCCGAAGGGUGAGCUCGGGAGCAAAGGUGUCCGCGGGUCUAUUGGGAAGAAGGGCUCCCGGGGGCUCAAGGGCUCCAAGGGGGAGGUGGCCAGAGUUCCCCGGUCGGCUUUCAGUGCCACUUUAUCCAAGCCUUUCCCUCCCCCCAACACCCCUAUCAAAUUUGACAAGGUUCUCUAUAAUGACCAAGGGAAUUACAGCCCUGUUACUGGGAAAUUUAACUGUAGUGUUCCUGGGGCAUAUGUUUUUUCCUACCAUGUCACUGUGAGGGGCCGACCCGCUCAGAUCAGCCUAGUGGCUUGGAAUAGGAAGCAGUUCAAGUCUAGAGAAACGCUCUAUGGUCAUGAGAUAGACCAGACCUCUCUCCUUAUCAUCCUGAAAUUAAGAGCAGGGGACCAAGUCUGGCUGGAAGUUUCAAAAGAUUGGAAUGGGGUAUAUGUCAGUGCUGAGGAUGACAGCAUUUUUACUGGGUUCCUUUUGUACCCAGAGGAAAAUCCUGGAAUUUCACCAUAAACUUGUGUCUUCAACACUGUAGUUAGGGUUCAGUGGAAUGAGUCAGAUAACACUGGGUAGUGCUACUGAAAAACAAAAAAACUUCAUUUUUUUCAUGAUUAUAAAAUACAGAAAAAUAAAAAAUUAUAUCAGCUAGAAUCAAAAAUUCCUGUUUUAAUCACCUUUAAAAAUAUUAAUAUGUAUUUGAGGGCACAUGCCUAUUAAUUUUGCAGCCAGCUUUUUUUCAUUUAGCAUUAUGAUGGCAUUUCUCGUGCCCUUUAAAUAAUAUUUGUAUACAAAAUAUGA